AUUUUCACUGGCUCAAAAUUCAUUGCUCCCAACAACCAACCUCCUCUCCUCUUCUCACCUCACAAUCACCCCUCUAUAGCUACCUACCCGCCACUUUCAUAUAAGCACAAAAAACCCCUCUUCCCACUUUAACAUUCCUACAGAAAACCGUCUCCACUGUUCUUCCUUCCGUCAAUCUGUGUAGCAAGAAAUCAUGGGUAGCACACCAAAUGAACCAUCUCUGGUCGUAAUAGAGGAAGAUAUCACCCUCCCUUCGCAGAUCACUCCCUCCGCCAAACCCCUCCCUUUAGUCGCCCACGGAAUCACGGACAUCGAGAUACACUUCCUCCAGAUCAAGUUUACCGCGAUCGGAGUCUACUUCGACCCGAACGACGUCGUUUCGGCUCUGCAGCAGUGGAAGGGUAAAUCGGGGAAGGAAUUGGAGGAAAACGACGAAUUCUUCGAGGCUGUGGUUUCGGCGCCGGCGGAGAAGCUGAUCCGCGUGGUGGUGAUCAAGGAGAUCAAAGGCUCGCAGUACGGGGUCCAGCUGGAGAGCGCGGUGAGGGACCGGCUGUCGGAGGUGGACAAGUACGAGGACGAGGAGGAAUCGGCGCUGGAGAAAGUGGCCGAAUUCUUCCAGUCCAAGUAUUUCAAGAAGGGAUCCGUCGUCAAUUUCCAUUUCCCGGCGGGGAAGCCGCUGGAGAUCGGGUUCGCGGCGGAGGGGAAGGAGGAGGCGAGGCUGGCGGUGGAGAACGGGAACGUGGCGGAGACGAUCCAGAAAUGGUAUCUCGGCGGGUCGCGGGGGGUUUCUCCGACCACUAUUACUGCCUUGGCGAAUUCUCUCUCGGGCCACCUUGGUAAAUGAGCGGCGGUGGUGAUGUCGGUGUUUGGUUUGUGGGUUUGGGCAGUUCUCCGGGUGGGCUGGGAUGAGAUGGGCCGGGUUCUUUAAUGGUUUGUGUGGGUUGCUUCAUUCGGCCCAUCUGUUGUUUUAGUUAACGGAACCCAUCGGGUGCUAAUUAGUUUACGAAUGCGGUUUGUGUGACGUGUAACUGUUUUUCUUCUUCUUGGGUGUUUCUCAAACAAAUAAAGGGCGAAAUCAGUAAAUUACCUUCAGUUGCACAAGACGACGCAUUCACAUAUUCUACAAAAUAUAUAAUGGAG